GUCUUCUGGGAAACACAUAACAAGUCCCAGAAGACGCUGGGCCAUUCACAAAGUGCAGCGCUUCUCGCGCAUGCGCAGUCCGCAGUCUCUGGUCAUCCCCUGUACUGUCCGCAGUCUCUGGUCAUCCCCUGUACUGUCCGCAGUCUCUGGUCAUCCCCUGUACUGUCCGCAGUCUCUGGUCAUCUCCUGUACUGUCCGCAGUCUCUGGUCAUCUUCUGUACUGUCUGCAGUCUCCGGUCAUCUCCUGUACUGUCUGCAGUCUCCGGUCAUCGCCUGUACUGUACGCAGUCUCUGGUCAUCUCCUGUACUGUGUUCGCAGUCUCUGGUCAUCUCCUGUACUGUGUCCGCAGUCUCUGGUCAUCCCCUGUACUGUCCGUAGUCUCUGAUCAUCUCCUGUACUGUCCGCAGUCUCUAGGCAUCUCCUGUACUGUGUCCGCAGCCUCUGGUCAUCCCCUGUACUGUCCGCAGUCUCUGGUCAUCUUCUGUACUGUCUGCAGUCUGUUCUUCCCCUGUACUGUAUCCGCAGUCUCUGGUCAACCCUUGUACUGUGUCCGCAGUCUCUGGUCAUCUCCUG